AUGGAGAGAAAGAGCUUUGAUGUAACGGACUAUGAGUGGGACACAGAGAAGAGCAGCGACCUAGGUUCAGUGAGCGGAUCAUCGCCGCUGACGUCAAACCUUGGAAAGAGACUGAAGGCUAAACGGAUAAGUCUCAUGAAGAAGCGGAGUUCUAACCGCUUGACAUCGGUCUCUGGAGAGAGAGAGCCAGCUGCUCGACUGGACCGGCAGGAUUCAACCGCCUUGACAGCGCUCAGGUUCAUCAGUAAGGCUGACGGAGUGACGGUGCUGCUGGCUGGACCGCCGUCGAGAAUCGGUUUGUUGAGAUCACGGCCACUAGUGGUGGAUUGCUGCCAAGGGAUGGAUUCAAUAGACUUUGCCUUGGAACUGUUCGACGCAUUAGCUAGAAGAAGGCUUAUGACACUAGACACUAUCGAUGGAGACCAGUUAAGGGAGUUCUGGGAACAAAUAAGUGCUCAAAGCUUUGAUUCCAGGCUUCAAACUUUCUUUGACAUGAUUGAUUCAGACGCCAAUGGUAGAUUAACUGAAGACCAAGUCAGACAGAUCAUCAACCUUAGUUCGUCCACCAACAAUUUGCCAAACAUCCAAAAACGGACAGAUGAAUAUGCUGCAAUGAUAAUGGAAGAGCUUGACCAAGAUAAUAUAGGAUACAUCAUGAUAGAGAGUCUUGAGACCUUGCUUUCGUAUGCGGAGACACAACAUAUACGCAGAGAUAGUGAAGGUAGCAAGAAGCUAAGCCACAUGCUAAGUCUUAAGCUUAAUACUACCCGUGACCCUAAACCGUUGAAGGGAUGGUACAGUGGACUGAGACACUUCGUAUCAGAUAGCUUGCAAAUGGUGAGUACUUCGAGGUUCAAGAUUAACAGGAAUCUUCAAUCUGUGUGUGAGCCACCUCCGGUCCGAGACAAGUAUCUUCGUGCAUAUAGCUGCGAUAUUGGAAGGGAAAUGAACCCAUACAGUUUUCCCAAAAUCAUGAUUGAUGGUCCAUAUGACGCACCUGCACAAAAUUACAAGAAAUAUAACGUGAUUUUACUGGUCGGGCUUGGGAUUGGGACCGCUCCAAUGAUGAGCAUUAUCAAGGACAUCAUCAACAAUGUGGAGGCCAAGGAACAUUCCCAAAUCAACCAAAUGGAGGAGGGAACACAACGACAUCAACAAGGUGAAAAGGAAAGUAUGAAGACUCGAAAGGCUUACUUCUAUUGGGUAACAAAGGAUCAAGGCUCAUACAGUUGGUUUCAGAACAUCAUGAACGAGGUAACAGAACGGGACACAAAUGGAGUCGUUGAAGUAAAUAACUAUUGCACUAGCAUCUACGAAGAAGGAGAUGUUCGUUCUGUGUUCAUACGUAUGCUUCAGUCUCUAAACCAUUCCAAAAAUGGCGUGGACAUUGUCUCUGGGACAAGGGUCAUGACCCACUUCGCCAAACCUAACUGGAAAAACGUCUACAAACAGAUAGCCAUGGAUCACUAUGGCUCUCAUGUUGGAGUGUUUUAUUGUGGAGAAGUUUCACUGGCAGAGGAGUUAAGGCAGCUAGCUUUGGAGUUCACACACAAGACAGAAACUAGAUUCUCCUUCCACAAAGAGAACUUCUACCCACCAUGCUGAUAAAUAAUGAUGGUACAACAAGAUGAUUAAUGAAAUAAUUUUGGAGUAAGAAAGUGUGUUGUGAUGAUUAAGUAUUGGACGUGUGUGUGCGUGCGUGUGUGUUUGAGUCAUUUUUCAGUUUCGAAAAUCAUGUUUAACAUGAUGUAAUGUAAUAAUAACUAAUAUUAGUUACACAAUUGGUUGAACAAGAAUUUUUUUUGUUGUCACAAAGUCGAAUAAGAAGAAGAAGAAGAAUAAGAAUAUUUACACCAAAAAAAGAAGAAUAAGAAUAAGAAUAAGAAUAAGAAGAAUAAGAAUUUUUUCGUUUCGACGAAAACCGAAGAUAUGAGCCAGUUAUCAAAGGCAAGACAUAUACGACAUACUAGAUUUUGACCCGCGUUUGGGAAACGUGAGUUUGUUUUUGAAAUUAAAUAUUUUUUUUAAAAAAUAAAUUUUUAUAUAAGUUUGUGUAUAGGCUUGGGCACAUUUAUCCGAAACCGCAACCUGAAUCGUACAAAAAUGAAAAAGAAAAUGAAAAGUAUAAUAUAACUGAAUAUUAUAAAUAACCAAGGAAAUCAUAUAUUUCUAAGACCAAGAUUUUAACACCGAACAGAGAAUUAAAUGGGUACUUGAAUUUUAAAAUUAUCUGAAUUAUUAAAUAUUUUAAUUUGUACACCCUUUUAAAUCCAAAAUUAUCAUAUAGAAAUUAUAAAAUGAGUUAAAUCUAUUGUUACCGAAAAUCUUGGUAAAAAAUAUAAGUAUAAUUGUUUUGAUACUUUGGUUGAUAGAAAUAAGGAAAAUGAUGUAUUAGUGUCGUAAUAAAUAAAUUUGUAGACCAAGUAAGAUAAUUAUUUUUUGUUUCUUGUUUUGAUAAUCGUAUCUCUAGUAUAUUAUUAACAAAAAGAAUCUUAGAAUAUAUCUACUUAGCAUAUUCACAAUAUAUUCAUUUUUUGUUAACAUAUUGUUACAAUUUUAAAGCUUUAAUUUUAAAUUUGUAAUUAUCAACCAAUCUUAUGGUUUAAAUAAUAUGUAACUGUUUCAAUAAUAUGUAUAUGUGAUGUAACGUUUUGAUGUAUUUGAAUGUAAGAGUACGAUUGUAUAACAAACAGUGUGAUGAAGAAUGUGGUAUGAUUGUGUCAAAUGGUGGUCUAGGUCUUUAACAUAGUCAUGUUUGACUUUUGAAUAAGUGAUAUUUGAAUAAGAGUUUUGACAUCUUGUAUUUUUUCUUCGAAGAGAAGUAAGUUCAACAUAAGACAUUAAGGAGCUCUUUCAUUUAAGAAAAAAAAACAGUCUGAUCAAUGGCAAGAUGGAGUGUAAUGUUUCAUAGUUCGUAGGUCAAUAGAAUGACAUAAUUUUGUAUAUUAGGAUAGAUCAGUCACGCUAUAAUCUUAAUGGGACAUGUUUAGAAGUCGUUGGUGGCCAAUAGAAUUGAUAUAGUUUUGGUAUAAUAUUUUAUUAAUUUGUAAAUAUAUGGUGUAAUAUUAUUGAUUUGUUUGUUAGAGCAAAAAACGGGUAUAGAUGUGGUAUAAUCUAAUUAACGUGUAAUGUUACAAAAAUAUAUGGUAAGACCAAAAAAAUAAAUCUAAUGAAAGGGUCCAAACAACUUUUAUAAGUAGAUUUAUCAAGACUGCUUCCCUUUUAAUAGAAUAGAUGUUGCCGUCUCUCCUGCUCUUCGUCACGUUCGAAGUUGCUUCUUCAAUGCAUCCGUAUUUCUUCUUAGAUUUGCCGGAUUCGCAGUUGUCUUAUCCAAAUUCCUAUCUUGUUUCAAGCUUUUUAAUGUUUAACUUUGCUUGUAUUAUUGAACUCUACCUUUCUGGUAUCGAGCUUUAAAUUAAUGGAA